CGGCGGCGGUGGCGGUGCCCGCACGGCCCGCGGGGUCGCGCCUGACUCCUGCUAUGACGUAACGCGUUUGCGCGAAUCGCGCGUCGGCGCCUCCAACUAUCAUGCCCGAUGCUACGGAACGCGCAACUUAAAAUCAAUUAAUUGAUGGAUAAGCCCUGCGUCAUCCCCAUGUCCAGUCAUGGACUGUGAGAGGCUCGUAUAUAUAAAAGCUUUGCACCCUGUCACAUCUCUGCACCCACGAGCCACCCCUGCACAUCUGCCUGUGUCACUCCUUCUCUCUCUGUCUCUCCACACUCUCCGGCUCUGUCCCCUGUCCCUCUGGUGUGUCAGCAUGCAGCUUGCGGCCAGCUUCCUGUCCCUGGUGCUGCUUCUGUACACCGUCAAGGCGGCCGCUGUGCCUGCUGUGGAAGAGAGGAGCUUGGCACAUGCAGACAGGGAGCGGAACAAGGAGCGCAUCCUCAGGGUGGUCUCCAGCCUUUUGGACGGGGUGGACAGCAACAUGCUGGGGGUGGAUAUGACCCCCGAGGGCAUGGAAGAGCCUCAGGAGUCUCACCUGGAGGAAAGGGCCAUCUACAACCGGCUAUCCCAGCUGCCACAGCGAGACCGCAAGGCUCCUUGUAAGAACUUCUUCUGGAAAACCUUCACCUCCUGCUAACAGAGCCAACCCCUCUUAAAUCCCGCCCCCUGCCACACCCCCCCCACGGCUCGACAUGAACUGUGGCAGACCUGUGCUGUACACACCACCAGCUCCACCCUGCACAGACUCUCUGUGGACUUUAUCGGCGCUGUCUUGUUCGUUGUAAAGAAUAACAAUUAUGAGAUCUAUUUAUUUAUGUAUUUCUUUACUUAUUUAUUUGUUGAUGGUUACAACUGAAAUAACAAUAAAGCAUGUUAUGGUACUUUUUGUCCAGUGCGAGAAUUCUUUUGGUUCCCUUUUAUGUAAGUCCCCUGUUGAAUAAAGGGAUUCUUCUGGUGUGAUUUAACAAUAAACUUGUUAUUUCAUUA